AAAAGGGAAACGGAGUGCCGCGACUGUAAACUUAGACUGUUUAUAACUUUAUAUACUCUGUGGUGCUGGUGCAUAUAAUGCGAUGUAUAAGCUGCGUGCGCAGAUGUGAUACGCGUAGGGGAUGCGUUUAUGUCAUUGAGUCAGCUUGCACCAAUAAAAUUCAAGCGUGUUAAUUGCGCAUACACCACACUCAUAACAAACGUAGCGCUUAGGUGUCUGUCCGCUAACAUUUCUUAAUAGAUUCAUGUUUCAAGUAUGCAAAGACUGAAACAUAUCGUUUUAGGUAUGUAACUUUGAGAAUAAGGGAUGUGGUGACCAGUACCGACCAAUCAAGAAUGUUAUCAUUACAGUAAUGCGGAAAAUGUUUGCUGUUAAGAAGCUAGGCGCAUGUGGAACCACGUACUAGUUCUCCAGUACAUUUUGUAAAUUAGCGAUUCAACAGACGUGGAUAUGGCUUUGGUAGUUAGCAGAUAUUGUGCGAUUACAUUUUUGACGGCUCUUUCACUGCUAGUGUUAUCAGCAAACUUUUAUUUCGUGUAUGUGAUUGUAGACGAAAGAGCUUCAGGCUCUGCACCUACAAAUACAGAGCAGGUUAAAGCAGACAGAAAUUUGAAUGUCUCAUUAUAUAACAAAAACCGACAGAAACAUGUUAAACGUGACUCAUGGUUGUUGCCAUACAAAAAUGCUACCCAAAGUGCUAUUCAGGAAAUUAAGGAAAUAAUCCCAAAGUUGCACAAGAAGUAUUUGCAGAUUUCAUUUUCGUUUAAAGAAAUACUCAGUAAUCUGCUAAAUGAUUUGAAACAAACUAUCAGAGCAUCAAAUAGUUUGUGGGCUGUUGUGGACAAGUGGGUUGGUCCACGUCAGGUAAUACCAGAGAGGUCAUCCUUGCUUGGCACUGUCUUAAACAUGUUAUCUUCAACAAAAAUUAUUCAUGCUGAGAAUGCACAACGGGGCACACAACUGAAAUUGUUGCUGACGUUGGAAGGGGGUCAUAAAGCAGUAUUCAAGCCUCAGUGGUAUUCACGGUCACAGAUAAUAGAAGGUCCUGUUUAUGCGGGCAAGGACAGGCAUAAUGCUGAGGUGGCUGCAUUUCAUCUGUCCUUGCUACUUGGGCUGAGGCGCAGCCCGUUGACGGUUGGACGCAAAAUUAAUUUAAGGAGUGAAGUGAUGCCAGUAGCAGCUGGUAGCCUUCUAGACACUUUCUACCAAGAAGGUAAUGACACAUGUUUAUAUGGAGUGUGUUAUUACUGCAGUCCUCAAGAUCCUGUGUGUGCACACAAAGAUGUCAUGGAAGGUGCACUGAUAUAUUGGUUGCCCGAGUCUUAUAAGCUGAAGAAGUACAGACAUCCUUGGCAGCGCACAUACAAAUUUGAUGCUGUUGCAAGGUGGGAAGUUGAUAAUAACUACUGCACAAAGGUUAUGACUUCACGCUUGUAUAAUCCACAGAAGAGUACUAGAAUUUUAGACCUUAUUGAUGCAGCAGUUUUUGAUUUCCUGAUUGACAAUGGAGAUCGACAUCACUAUGAAGUUUUUGAUAAUGUUUCUAAUUCAAUGGUUUUGCUUUUGGAUAAUGGAAAGAGUUUUGGACACCCAAAACAAGACCAUCUGGACAUACUAGCACCUCUGUACCAGUGCUGCAUUAUUCGGCAGACAACUUGGGAACGUUUGCGAGUCCUAGCUGGUGGAGCACUGAGUUUUUCCAUGGAGAAAUUGUUGCAAGGCAGCCAGAUAGCACCAGUAUUGACAGCUGCUCAUUUGCAUGCGCUAGAUCGCCGCUUGCUUGCAGUAUUUGCAGCAGUUGAGAUGUGUUUCAACCAUGUUGGAGAAGCAGCUGUUCUAUGGAAUAGCCCUAAUGGAUGAAGUAUCUGUCAAUAGCUUCAUGCACAUUGUCUGUAUGUAGUGUUUAUGUUCAUCUUGCCUGUGUUUGUCGUAUAAGCACCACAGAAGAGUUCAGAAAUUUGCAUCAUAUGUCUGAAAGCAUAUAGCUGAAGUUAUGGUACCAAAGGAAAGUUUUCUUGUGUUGUUAACACGAUAAUGAUAUAUUCUGUGUAAGUGAUAGAUGUAACACUACAGUGAUGACACUCCUUCCUCCUUUCUCUUUCUGAGGGUGGAAGUAAGCUAUAAGCCAGCCAGUUUGGGUGGGCAGAGAUUUUAACAAGAGUCCUUGAGUACAUGCAAGAGUCUCAUUGAAUAGCUAUGUACAGUGCUUUUCAAAAAGCUGUGUUUUGUACCAUAAGUUUUUUUAACUGAUCUGAAUAAAUAAAGCUAAUGAAAUUCACAGCUGCUAUAUCGAGUACUGUACAGAAACAAAGCUUACAUUUUGCAUCAUAUUAUAAAAUUUUUCAUGCUAUCACCAUGUUUCAGAACUAAGCAGAUAGGUAAAUUUGUCACUUUUGACAAAAAAAAAAAAAAAAAUUAAAAAGUGCAUAAUCCAUAUAAAAUCUUUUGUAGAU